CAAAAAGAGGGCAGAAACAGCCCGUCCGUCUCAAACCCUAACUCUGCAAGACGCGCGUCCGCCGCCGCAACUAGCAAUGCCCAAGCGGCGUCGCGGGGUUCGCCCCCCUCCUCCCGAUCCUUCCCCGGCUCCGGCGACAAUCGACUAUAGCCUUACUUAUAAGGAGAUAGCCGCCAGUGGGGCUCCAGGUGCUGUGGACUUUGUGAAGAAUCAUGGCUUGUACUUGCUGCUGCUUGAGACACCCUCUGGCUUCUCAAUUUUCUCUCUUUGUGGGGUCUACAUCCACUUACCAGAUGCGAUACAAAAUAUUUGGGCGAUGUUCGGUACUUACAGGUCUUCACAUGACGUUAUCUGGCUGAAGGAAUUUCAGAAAUUUGAUGACAAGUCUAGCGCCAUUAAUGUUGAUACUGGUGUUAACAAACAGCUUACUGAGAUGAUCAUGAAGUGGCGUCGCCCUAGGCAGAAAUUGGUUGUUGGAAAGCCGGAGUAUAAAUCAAUCAUUGAAAAUACCUUAGGAAUACCCUGCCUGUGUGAUGAAGUUGUGAUGGACGUAAUGUGGGCCAUGAAGCGUCUCAUUCGCUAUUUUGUGCCCACUGAAACACCCGAGCUGGCUGAAGAGGACAGCCUCACUAUGAGUCAAGGACUACGGAUGUUUUUAAGUCGUUAUGGCUUUGAAAUCAAACCAGAGAUGGUCUACAACGAUAUUGUUCGUGCUGCAUCCAUCGUGUUUAGGUGUGAUGCUGUUGAGGACCUUUACGAGCACUUGCAACAUCUUGGUCGCCACCUCAAGAAUGUGUCUGGCAUUGACUAUGAGAAUUGGGGCACUGUGAAACUCGCGACAGCUUUUAAGAUCAUAUGCAGCCGCAAAAUUGAUAAAUCUGAUGAGAUGUUUUCAGACGACGUGCGAUCGAAGUUGCUGGAUGAUGCAGAUAAAUACAAAGAUCUUGUUUUUUCGACAGGUUGCAUUGCAAACUAUAAAAAAAUUUUAGGUCUCAAUAUACUCAGGAAUGAUAAAAUGGAUCAAUUGGCUGAGUUGGUUAAGGUAGCUAGGAUUAAAGCUGAACACGUGAGGGUGCCUGAGAAUGUGCCUGAGAACUAAGAUCACUACAAGCUUGCUCAAUAUCUCGCUGAACCUCUUGCAGGCUAAAUAAUUUGGUUUGCCAGUUAGGAAGCGUUUGGUAUGCAUGUGGCUUAAUCCAGAUUCUUCUGAGUGUCGAGGUUGUGAUCUCGGUUGGCUUAAACAUUAUUGUGCAUCUUUUGUAAAUCUAGUCUGGUAUUUGAGAAGCUAAGGUCCGUGCUAUCCAAAACUUUGCAUCGUUUAGCUGUCAAACAAAUGACCGUGCUCA